UGAUUACAUGAAAGACCCCUACGAUGAGAAAUUUGCUCCAUUCCUUGACUUCCACGAGCUCUUGCAAACGCUGUUUCCUCUCCUCCACUCCUACGCUCGUGUAGAUCACGUAAACCGCCUGGGACUAGUCUACUCCCUCAAUGGCACCGACGACAGCCUCAAGCCGAUCCUCUUCCUGGCUCAUCAGGAUGUCGUGCCAAUCAACGACGCUGCCGACUGGACCUACCCUCCAUUUGCCGGCCACUUCGACGGCGAAUGGCUCUGGGGCCGUGGUGCCAGCGACUGCAAGAACGUCCUGAUCGGUCUUCUGUCGGCCGUGGAGGACCUGCUGUCCCAAGACUGGCAGCCCACACGCAGCGUUCUCUUUGCCUUUGGCUUCGACGAAGAGUCCCAUGGCUUCCUCGGCGCCGGGAAUAUCUCGGAUUUCCUGCAGAAGAAGUACGGUCCCGAUAGCUUCGAAUUCAUCCUCGACGAAGGCGGCAUGGGUCUGGAAACCUUCAGCGACAACAACGACAACAGCAAGCUAGCGAGCGCCAGCGACGACGAUGAUGGAGUCAUCUACGCGCUCCCCGGCGUCGGCGAGAAGGGCAGCAUCGACAUCGUGCUCUCCCUCGCCGUACCCGGCGGCCACAGCUCCGUGCCCCCGCCUCACACGGGCAUCGGCAUCAUCUCCGAGAUCAUCUACUCGCUCGAGCGACAGGACCUCUUCAUCCCCGUGCUGGACGAGCGGCACCCAUCCCGGCAGAAACUCGAGUGCCAGGUGCGCCACUCGCCCGCGCAGGUCGAGCCAUGGCUGGCCUCGGCUCUCCGCUCCUCGGACCACGUCUCCCUAGCCGAGAAGCUGGCGGACUCCCGUGGCGACAAGUUCCGCUUCAUCCUCCAGACCUCGCAGGCGGCCGACCUCGUCGCGGGCGGCGUCAAGUCCAACGCUCUCCCCGAGAAGAUCUCCGCGCUGGUCAACUACCGCGUGGCCCUGCACCAGACCCCGCAGGAGAUCCAGCGCCGCGCCGUCGACAUCAUCGGCCCGAUCGCCCGCAAGUACAACCUGAGCGUGACCGCGUUCCCCGCCGACAACCAGGUCGACACCUCCCUCAACAACCACCUGACCCUCACCACCCUCAGCGGCGCCCUCGACCCGGCCCCCGUCAGCCCGACCGACCUCCGCACCGACCCCGUCUGGGCCCGGUUCUCCGGCGUCACCCGCGCCGUCUUGGAGUCCGUCCCCGUCCUCCAGGGCAAGACCGUCGUCGUCAGCGGCGACAUCAUGACCGGCAACACCGACACCCGGUUCUACUGGCCCCUCACCCGGAACAUCUACCGGUGGAGUCCCUCCCGCACCGGCCGGGCCGUCAAUAUCCACACCGUCGACGAGCGCGUGGGCAUCGACGCCCAUUUGGAGGCCAUCAUGUUGUACUAUGGUAUGCCCUGGGACGUUGUUGUUUCAUCCCUUCUCCCCCUCAACGUAAACCGUCAGACCUCUUGGUGUCUAAAUUCGCAUAUAUGAAAUGAUAAGCUAACUCGUUGAUCACCAUCAUACAGAUCUCAUUCGUUCUUUUGAUGCUUGGGAAGGUAGUCCGGAUGAGGUCUCGCUUGAAUUGUGAUGGUGAAGCAAGAGACAGGUACCCCCGUGCUAGCGCGAGGAAAAUAGUAUAUGCUAGACCCUGGUUUCGGCUCCGUAAAAUGGCUCGGAAUUAGUCCAGUAAGGCUAUGUCAGUAUCACAGGAAAGAAAAGCUUGGGUGAUGGUAGACGACAGUGUCCCUCUAGCCGGGGUCGUUGACACGUCCAUGCAACGCUUGCAAUGCAUUAUGACUACACCAUGGAUUAUCCAAGGAUCGGGUGAUGAAAGUCGGCUUCUCUACAGCCAAGAUGACUAAUUCUCGUAUCAGACAACAACCAG